GUCAGGAAGCCUGGUCCGGGAUGCCCAGCGCUGCUCCCCGGGCGCUCCUCCCCGGGCGCUCCUCCCCAGGCCUCCCGGGCGCUUGGAUCCCGGCCAUCUCCGCACCCUUCAAGUGGGUGUGGGUGAUUUCGUAAGUGAACGUGACCGCCACCGAGGGGAAAGCGAGCAAGGAAGUAGGAGAGAGCCGGGCAGGCGGGGCGGGGUUGGAUUGGGAGCAGUGGGAGGGAUGCAGAAGAGGAGUGGGAGGGAUGGAGGGCGCAGUGGGAGGGGUGAGGAGGCGUAACGGGGCGGAGGAAAGGAGAAAAGGGCGCUGGGGCUCGGCGGGAGGAAGUGCUCGAGCUCUCGACUCUCCGCUGCGCGGCAGCUGGCGGGGAGAGCAGCCAGGUGAGCCCAAGAUGCUGCUGCGCUCGAAGCCUGCGCUGCCGCCGCCGCUGAUGCUGCUGCUCCUGGGGCCGCUGGGUCCCCUCUCCCCUGGCGCCCUGCCCCGACCUGCGCAAGCACAGGACGUCGUGGACCUGGACUUCUUCACCCAGGAGCCGCUGCACCUGGUGAGCCCCUCGUUCCUGUCCGUCACCAUUGACGCCAACCUGGCCACGGACCCGCGGUUCCUCAUCUUCCUGGGUUCUCCAAAGCUUCGUACCUUGGCCAGAGGCUUGUCUCCUGCGUACCUGAGGUUUGGUGGCACCAAGACAGACUUCCUAAUUUUCGAUCCCAAGAAGGAAUCAACCUUUGAAGAGAGAAGUUACUGGCAAUCUCAAGUCAACCAGGAUAUUUGCAAAUAUGGAUCCAUCCCUCCUGAUGUGGAGGAGAAGUUACGGUUGGAAUGGCCCUACCAGGAGCAAUUGCUACUCCGAGAACACUACCAGAAAAAGUUCAAGAAUGGCACCUACUCAAGAAGCUCUGUAGAUGUGCUAUACACUUUUGCAAACUGCUCAGGACUGGACUUGAUCUUUGGCCUAAAUGCGUUAUUAAGAACAGCAGAUUUGCAGUGGAACAGUUCUAAUGCUCAGUUGCUCCUGGACUACUGCUCUUCCAAGGGGUAUAACAUUUCUUGGGAACUAGGCAAUGAACCUAACAGUUUCCUUAAGAAGGCUGAUAUUUUCAUCAAUGGGUCGCAGUUAGGAGAAGAUUUUAUUCAAUUGCAUAAACUUCUGAGAAAGUCCACCUUCAAAAAUGCAAAACUCUAUGGUCCUGAUGUUGGUCAGCCUCGAAGAAAGACGGCUAAGAUGCUGAAGAGCUUCCUGAAGGCUGGUGGAGAAGUGAUUGAUUCAGUUACAUGGCAUCACUACUAUUUGAAUGGACGGACUGCUACCAAGGAAGAUUUUCUAAACCCCGACGUAUUGGACAUUUUUAUUUCAUCUGUGCAAAAAGUUUUCCAGGUGGUUGAGAGCACCAGGCCUGGCCAGAAGGUCUGGUUAGGAGAAACAAGCUCUGCAUAUGGAGGCGGAGCGCCCUUGCUAUCCGACACCUUUGCAGCUGGCUUUAUGUGGCUGGAUAAAUUGGGCCUGUCAGCCCGAAUGGGAAUAGAAGUGGUGAUGAGGCAAGUAUUCUUUGGAGCAGGAAACUACCAUUUAGUGGAUGAAAACUUCGAUCCUUUACCCGAUUAUUGGCUAUCUCUUCUGUUCAAGAAAUUGGUGGGCACCAAGGUGUUAAUGGCAAGCGUGAAAGGUUCAAAGAGAAGGAAGCUUCGAGUAUACCUUCAUUGCACAAACACUGACAAUCCAAGGUAUAAAGAAGGAGAUUUAACUCUGUAUGCCAUAAACCUCCAUAAUGUCACCAAGUACUUGCGGUUACCCUAUCCUUUUUUUAACAAGCAAGUGGAUAAAUACCUUCUAAGACCUUUGGGACCUCAUGGAUUACUUUCCAAAUCUGUCCAACUCAAUGGUCAAACUCUAAAGAUGGUGGAUGAUCAAACCUUGCCACCUUUAAUGGAAAAACCUCUCCGGCCAGGAAGUUCACUGGGCUUGCCAGCUUUCUCAUAUAGUUUUUUUGUGAUAAGAAAUGCCAAAGUUGCUGCUUGCAUCUGAAAAUAAAAUAUACUAGUCCUGA